AUGAAUGAUAGUGAGUCUGGCAGUCUAAUCCAAAUACAGUGGAAUGACUAUGAUACUUAUCAAAGUAGUCCCACGAUCUUAGAUAGGCAGUGUGGAAAUAGUUUACCUAAUAGGAAGUUCCUCGAGGCGCCAAUAAUUAGGCUUUAUGGCUCAUUGCCAGGGGGUUAUACCGUUUUGUGUCACUUGCAUGGUGUAUUCCCUUACAUAUUUGUUCGGUUCGACUCUAAUCAGGAUAAUUCUAUAAAUGUACCAAUCAAUGACUGCCAGGAGCUACAUAUACUAUUAGAACUUGCAUUACGGAAGGCUAAUAAUACUCAGCCUAAUGGUGCCCCUGAAAGGUCCGAGGAAACAAUACAAGAUCUAAGAUAUGUUGCUAAUGUGUCUUUGGUCAAAGGUAUCCCAUUUUAUGGUUUCCAUGUCGGUUGGUCAGCCUUCUACAAGAUUUCUCUUUUGAAUCCUAAUUAUGUUGUCACAUUAUCUGAUAUGUUACGCCAAGGGUUAUUAUUUGAUAAAAAGCUCGAAGUUUACGAGUCCCAUAUCCCAUAUCUUUUACAAAUGUCUACAGACUAUAAUUUGUUUGGUUGUUCCUGGCUCAAAUUAUCAAAAUGUUACUUUAGAAAACCGAUAUUGAAUCAAUUUGAUGGCUUUGAUAACUUAAUAUCUGACGGGUAUCUUGAGUCCUUUUUUAAUCAAUUCUUAUCCGAAACAGAAAACGUUUUGCAGACUCAUGACUUUGAACGUGUCGGAAACUGUGUGUUGGAAAUAGAUGUUAUUCCUCAGUUUAUUAGAAAUCGCGAUGAUAUAGAAUACCGCAAUAUUCAUCAUGAUUUUGUUGAUGUCCUUGGUUUAGGAAAUACUACCGACACUAAAUCAUAUGUGUCUUCAACAAAACAUUUAUGGAAGGAUGUUUUACAUCUCCGAAAAGUCCUCAAGUUGGAUACAUAUUCUACUCCAAAUGAUCUCGAUCGGGUCGAAUGUGCAACUAGUUGGAGUGUUGAUGCUGAGUUAAAGCGCUUUUAUGAAAGAGCCAAAAAUAAAACCGGGAAAAACAAUGGGAAACUACCAGAGUUUCAGAAUUUUGUUGAUACUCCACCAUGGAUUAAUUCAUUAGUGACAACUGCAGCUGCAAUUCCAGAACUGUGGCCUUGCAUACCUAUUAGUUUUGAUUAUAAACAGAAUGAAUUUCAAACGGCAACUCAAAUUGUUUCAUGCACAGAUGAAGAUUUAAGUGAUUUAGAUAUAUUGUUGUUGGACGAAAUAGAUUACACAGAUAUACCUAUCGACUUGAUAGAUAAUCAAACUGAAAAAAUGCCUCAAAAGAAUACGAAUUUUGACGAUUCUCAACUUACCAAAGGCUUUGUUAAGAGGAGGAAGCUACAAAACAAUAAAUUGGUGCCGUCACAAUCCAGUAAGAAUAUAUGGCAAUGCAAACCGCUGAAUAAUGGUAUACAGUACAUAUAUCCAUAUUAUCGAUACAAAAACUUGCCUUUAAGUUAUGAUUCAAUUGUGAAUGAUAUCAAGGACAAUGGAUUACCAACGAUUGAAUACCAGGAGCCUUAUUUUUCUAAUCCAGUAGACCUUAGAAACAGAAAAAGGUAUUUAAACCCAGAUACAAGAAUCUCAAUCACAUCUAAUCAUAUAAGUUGCAAAGAAAAAUUUGACAGAGUUGGUAAUUUUGAGUCAUCCAAAUAUGACUUGAAUAUUUCAUCUCAAGGAUUGAGCCGUUGGUUAUAUAUACCCAACGUACCAAAAUACGCAGAAGUUUUAGAAAUAACUCCAGCGAACUUGCCAAGAGCGUCUCAAAUCGAAGGACCUAGUCAAGAAAAGGGUGUACCUCUUGGAUCAGUUAACAUUCCCUCCGAAAACCUCAAGAGCUUUGGUGAUGAUAAUUUAAUUGUACACCUAUCCUUAGAACUUCAUAUCCUUACAAGAAAUUCGAAAUUACCCAAUCCAGAAUUAGAUCCUGUUAAGAUAAUCUUUUGGUCCAUGAAUGGUUGCUCUGCACAAAGACUCUCCAGUGUAUCCAAAGAAGGCAUUAUGAUUUUUAUGGAUGAAAAUGAAAAGAGAUUCGAAUCUUUAAUUCUACAGGCCUGUGGAAAUGUGGACGUAGCUGUAUUUGAAUCGGAAGAGUUACUACUUCAAGCAUUUUCAGAUUUGGUUCUCAUUAUUGAUCCCGAUAUCUUAUCUGGUUAUGAAGUUAACAAGUUAUCGUGGGGAUAUCUAUUGGCUCGUGCUAACUUUGCAUAUGAUAUACCUAUGGAUAUCAUGAUUUCAAGAAUAGCUGCAAAGGGCCCAAGAGAACGUAUUAAUAGAUGGAACUACGAUCGCGUUGCAGGGGUCAAAAUAAUGGGUAGGCAUAUGCUUAAUAUCUGGCGUAAGAUGAAAUCUGAAUUGAAUAUUUCAAAAUAUAGUUUUGAAAAUGCAGUAUUCCACGUCUUAAGGGAACGAUUACCGCAAUAUUCUUAUGAAAACUUAACAAAAUUCUGGAAUGAUAAAUCUGAGCAGGUUAACAUUAAUAUUGUGAUAAAUUACUGGAAGAAACGAGUGAGCUAUAAUAUAAGAUUGGUAGAGGUUCAACAAAUUAUUUCCAAAACUUUUGAAGAAGCUAGGUUAAUUGGAAUUGAUUUUUAUUCCGUAAUGUCAAGAGGCUCUCAGUUCAAAGUUGAAUCCUUUUUAGCUCGUAUCUGUAAAUCGGAGUAUUUUAUACUUCUUUCCCCAAGCAAAAGUGCCUUAAAGAAACAGAAGGCUUUAGAGUGUGUGCCACUUAUUAUGGAACCUCAAUCAUCUUUUUACAAAAGCCCGCUAUUAGUUUUAGACUUCCAAUCGUUAUACCCUUCCGUUAUGAUGGCAUACAACUAUUGUUAUAGUACUGUUAUUGGUAGAGUAAGGGAGCUAACAAAUAAAAAUAACGAAAUCGGGAUCACUAAAAUUAACAUUCCUGCUAAUAUCCUUCACCUCAUGGAUGAACAUAUAACUAUUUCACCUAAUGGAGUGCUAUUUCUAAGGGAGAAUAUUAGAAAAUCAGUAUUGUCAAAGAUGUUGAAGGACAUUUUAAGUACACGCAUUUUAAUAAAAGAAACUAUGAAGGCUUUACCUAAGGAGGAAAGAAGUUUGCUGAAUAGUCUUAACAACAGGCAAUUAGCCCUAAAGUUUCUUGCGAAUGUCAUAUAUGGGUAUACAUCUGCUUCGUAUUCUGGCAGGAUGCCAUGUUCUGACAUCGCAGAUAGCAUUGUCCAAACCGGCCGUGAAACGCUAAGAAAAGCCAUCGAGAUGAUAGAAUCAGAAUAUGCAUGGGGUGCAAAAGUAGUUUACGGAGAUACAGACAGUUUAUUUGUGUAUCUUCCAGGUAAAAGUCUCGAACAGGCUUUCGAAAUUGGCAACUCUAUUGCAAGAGCAGUUACUGCGGCAAAUCCUAGUCCUGUUAAAUUGCAGUUUGAAAAAGUGUACCACCCUUGUAUAUUAGUAUCCAAAAAGAGAUAUGUCGGGUAUUCCUAUCAAGAUCUAAGUCAGAAGGUUCCUAAGUUUGAUGCAAAGGGUAUCGAAACAAUACGCAGGGAUGGCUGUCCGGCACAACAGAAAAUAGUGCAAAAAUCGUUAGAAAUACUAUUUCUAGAAAAGGAUCUAUCGAAAGUGAAAAGCUACGUUAUGGAUCAAUUUCGAAAGAUAACCUUAGGUAAUGUGUCAAUUCAAGAUUUUUGUUUUGCUCGUGAGGUUCGUAUCGGUACCUACAAAAACGAAUAUGUGCUCCCACCUGCUGCCCGCGUAGCUGAAGAUAAUAUGCUAAAAGAUAUAAUGGCAAAGCCCGAAUAUCGUGAGAGAGUCUCAUAUGUUGUAGUGAAAGGCAAACAAGGGGAAAGAUUAUUAGACCGAUGUAUAUCUCCAGAUGAGUUUAUGGCAAGCCCUAAUCUAGAACUUGAUGCUGACUAUUACAUUACAAAAACACUAUUACCUCCUCUAGAACGUUUCUUUAAUCUAGUAUCUAUGGACAUUAGGCAGUGCUACAGAGAGCUGCCAAGAUACCUACGGUUCAAUCCGGUGACAGGUAUAAGCAACAAUUCAUUGCAACGUUCCAUGAAAGUUUCGACUUGCCUCAAUUGCAGAAAUCGAGUUCUUUUUAAUAGCAAGAUCAAAUUAUGCGAAGAGUGCAUAAGAAAUCCAUCUAAAAUAGUGGGAAACCUCCUUUAUGAAAACUUAUCCAUUGAAUCCAAGUUCCGAUCCAUUGUGGCAGCCUGUAAAGUUUGUUCCGACUCGAUGACUAAGCUUGCUAAUGAUACAACUAAAAAAGCGAUCAGAACAUGCGAAUCACUCGAUUGUCCUAUAUACUACUCGAGAAAUAAGUCACAAAGGCUUUUAACAGGUUCUUUAUGGAAUGAUAUCCAUCGUACCUUGAAGAGACUGGAUAGCUGGUGA